AACCCGCCUCCCGGAGAAGGGCGGGGAGAUCCUCGUGGGAGGUGCGCUGGCACCACCGAGACGUGGCCGGGCAAGGCCGGAUUGAGGCAGAGAGAGGCCGUACAGGGCCAGGGACAACGCUACUUCCGGUCUCCUCACUUCCGGCUUCGCUGCUCUUGGUGCUGGUUCUGGAGGCCGGGUUGAGAGGUUGCCGGUCCGACUGUCCUCGGCGGUUGGUCAGUGUGAAUUUGUGACAGCUGCAGUUGCUCCCCGCCCCCGAGCUGCCGAGGAGUCUACCAUGGCUCAAGAAUCUCCCAAAAAUUCAGCAGCAGAAAUUCCAGUGACUAGUAAUGGAGAAGUUGAUGACUCUUGUGAACAUGGCUUUAAUAGGGAUUUGAAGCAUUCAUUACCAUCUGGACUUAGUCUCUCAGAAACCCAAAUUACAUCUCAUGGCUUUGACAAUACCAAAGAGGGCGUUAUUGAAGCUGGAGCAUUUCAAGGUGGCCAGAGAACACAGACAAAAAGUGGACCAGUUAUUCUAGCAGAUGAAAUUAAAAAUCCUGCAAUGGAAAAGUUAGAACUUGUUAGAAAGUGGAGUCUAAACACCUAUAAGUGUACUCGACAGAUUAUCUCUGAGAAGCUAGGCCGUGGCUCAAGAACUGUGGACCUUGAACUUGAAGCUCAGAUUGAUAUAUUAAGGGAUAACAAGAAAAAAUAUGAAAAUAUUUUAAAACUGGCUCAAACAUUGUCCACCCAGCUUUUCCAGAUGGUACAUACCCAAAGGCAACUUGGAGAUGCAUUUGCUGACCUGAGUUUGAAGUCACUAGAACUUCAUGAAGAAUUUGGCUAUAAUGCCGAUACCCAGAAGCUGCUGGCUAAAAAUGGAGAGACUCUUCUUGGGGCCAUUAAUUUUUUCAUUGCUAGUGUGAACACUUUGGUGAAUAAAACCAUUGAAGAUACAUUAAUGACUGUGAAACAGUAUGAAAGUGCCAGGAUUGAAUAUGAUGCGUAUCGCACUGAUUUGGAAGAACUGAAUCUUGGACCACGUGACCCAAACACUCUGCCAAAGAUUGAGCAGUCACAGCAUCUCUUCCAAGCACAUAAGGAAAAAUAUGAUAAAAUGCGCAAUGAUGUUUCUGUCAAAUUGAAAUUUCUGGAAGAAAAUAAGGUUAAAGUAUUGCACAAUCAGCUGGUCCUUUUCCACAAUGCCAUUGCCGCUUACUUUGCUGGGAAUCAGAAGCAGCUUGAACAGACACUUAAACAGUUCCAUAUCAAAUUGAAAACCCCUGGAGUGGAUGCCCCGUCUUGGCUUGAAGAACAGUAAAAUCACAGCGGAAAAUAAGAAAGUCGUGUUGUUAUAUUUCUAAACAAACCUAACAAGAAUUAAGCAGAGUUGGGGGAAGUGAGAGGGGUGACAAGCAUUAUAGUGAUUCUUGCACAAACAGCUUUAAUUUUUCCCUUUUUCAUACUUUAACAAUUGAACUGUUAAGGGUGGUUUUAAUGUAAACAUAGUUUCUAUAAUCUGAACACAAUAAUUUUCCUUUUUGAGAAAUCCUUUUGUAUUGUGAGGGUUGAUGGCUAUUUCUGUAGUUUGAAAACAUCUAAUAGAGAUUUGCACUGACAAGAUAAAAAUUCAAGGUUUUUGGUCCUGGAAAUGAGGGCCAAUUGUAACUUUUCCAAAGGGAGGUUUACAUGAUUUGUAUCAACAUCAGAUAUUUUAUAUAUGAAUAUAUUAAACAUCUUUAAGAGAUUCAUUUUCAUGUAUUAAAGAAAAAAGAAACUAUUUUGCAGAGUAAAGUUAUAUGGUGUUCCUGCAGCGUCCACACAGAGGCAGCAGCUCUAAUGAAUGAUUAGCUUGUGGAGUUGUGGCAAAUACCUUUUUAAAAAUGAAUCUGUACCAUUGUAAUUUUAUUUAGACUUUUUUUUAAAGACACAGAAAUCACACUGUCAUUUCUGUGAGGCUUUUAAACUUAUGAAUUUGCUUCACCCAAAGUCAUUGGACAGUUACGUUUGCAAUUUCUUUUGGUUCAUAACAAAACUUGCUUAAGAGAAUUUUUUUUUUUGGCAGGUGGACGUGGGAAUGGAAAUUCUUAAUGGUUUCUAGAGUAGAAAUCUGUACUUAGAAAACUAGUUUUUGGGUCAGUUCCAUUUUGAUAGAAGUGAAUACAUAGACAGCUUUUAUUGACUUCCAUAUGUAACAACACCGUUUAAGCCUUAAAUCACAGAUAUGUGCCUUCUCAGAUACAGUAAUUCUUGUUCAACCAAUGUACAAAAUCCAUAAAGAAACCCCUGUUGGAUAAUGUUUGAUGUGUCUAUUCCUUCCAUGGAAUGGAGCACUAUGUAUAAAUAUUGGGUUUCUUUGUACUUGUUAAGCCACAUUUGAGGUUUAUGGUAAAAAUCAUCUUUUGAGUUUGCUCUUUGGUUUUUCUUCAUUCCUUUUGAGGAAUGGGAAAACAGAAGGAUUCUUUGAUUUGGGUAAUGAAGAGGUAAUUUGGGACAGUGUGGUGGUACCAGGAAGAAAGAGGAUUGGAAAGGCCAGUACUGUUUUAGUUGCUUGGCACUAUUGGUUUUGUUUUAAUGUGGUUCCCCUGUCCACUACAUGGUUCUAUCAGUGUAGUGUAAUCCAUUUUCGAUGUAAAGCUCUUUCAGUUUUUGUCAUAGACAUAAAUUAAUAUUUUGAGAGGCAUCCCUCACCUGUUCAUUUCUUCUGUAUUGAAAUGAAGUACUUAAAAUUACCGUUAUACAUGAACUUUGUGGACUGUAAGAUUUGUUAUAUAUGUUCAAAUGCCUUUUAGCUGGCUUUUUAAUUAAUAUGCCUGUUUUGAGCGCUUAAUACAAUGUAAUGUGAUCGUAAAUCAUAAACCUAUUUUAAAUCAUUCCUUCCUGUAUAUUUGUACUCAGAGAGCCUUAUUUUAUUCUUCCAGCAGAAUUACUACUUGUGAUAGUUCAUUUACAUUCCCCAGAAUGUGCCUCUGGUGUGAAUUUUGUAUUCUUAUUAAAAGUGUUUGCUGCAGUAAAUCGUUUCUCUGGACCUUCAUAGUUUAAGAAGUAACUAUUUGGAAAUUCUGAAGACACAUGAUUUGCCUUUUCUGAACCUUAAAAAAAAAAGGUGCGUCUGUCACUUGUAAUUGUUUUAGCUCAGUAAGCUAUUUUUUUUCCAAUGUGAAUUUCUUUUGAGAGCUGAACAUGUCCAUUCUUAACCACAUUUCAAUAACAGUUAUUGUAGCUAAGGAGCUAAAUAGUUUCAUGGAUUGACUUUUUUCAGAAUAAAUUUAAAAUAUCCAUGAUUCUGAUAGUGGGCACAUGAGCAAAAGAAAAAAGUAAAUCAAUAUAUUUAGCCAAUGGUACAUUUACUUUGUUAGGAAUGUAACUUAUGUUCAUUAUAGAAAAGAAUUAGAAGAAAAUUUCAAGUAAUAGAAGUUAAGUACCUUCCCAAGUGAAUAAAUACUGCAUGGAACCACUCAACACCUCUGAAGUUGGAUAUUCUAGUUUUGGAUUUUAAUAUUGCAAGCUCUAUUUUGAAUAUCCUUUAAUAUAACAUACAUUUAUAUCUUUGCACUUUUACGUACUUACUCCUUUAGGUUAUAGACCUAGAAGUGAAAAUGGGCCCUCAAAAGUAUAUACAUACUUUUAAAACUUUGUAAUAUAUUGCCUGUUUGCUUUCAAGAAAGACUGUGCCAAUGUACACCUCUAAGAGCAUACACAUGUACCUGUUUAGUAUAUUUUUUAAGCCAGUACUGUAUAUAUAAAAUGAAAUAAUAAAAGAGAAAAACAGGAAGAUAAAGGCUGAACAAUCACCAGCUGGAGAGUUUGGGGAUGCCGGGUGUGAGAGCAGGAAAUGGAUGAAAAUGGCUGGCUUUUCUCUCAUUAAAAUAGAAGUUGUUAUUCUAGAAAAAAUAAUGCACUGAGGAACUGGUCUGUGAAAUUAAACUUUUCAUCCCAAAGCUUCCAAAUCUUAGGGUCCAGGAACUAUCUGGGUUUGCAAAAGCAAUUUAGCUGAAAUCUAGGCUUUAAGAAGCAUCUUUUCCAUAUUCAAAACACACUGAUAAUGUUACUGAAGCUUAUCCCAUAAGAGUGUGAAACUAGAAGAUUCCUUAGAGAUUAUGUAACACACUUUUUUUUUUUUUUAACAGGUGAAACUAUCAAGGCUUCAAAAUAUGUUAAACUGACUUAGCCAACCCCCAUCUCCAAAUGUAAUGCUGGAUGAGUAUUUGCAACUAUAUACUUGAAUUCCCCUUUAAAUCCUGCCAUUUCAACUGCAUAAUUAAAUCAAUGUGUCAAAAGUG